CGGGGCUCCUCCAGAUUUAAAAGCUGCAUCUCGCCUCCGCGGAGCCGCGCAGCACCCAGUAGAAGAGUGCACAAAGGGUUUCCGACAUUUGCCGAGGUUCGCCGGGUCAUGGUGCCAGCCUGACUGAGAAGAAGACGCUCCCGGGAGACGAAUGAGGAACCACCUCCUCCUGCUGUUCAAGUACAGGGGCCUGGUGCGCAAAGGGAAGAAAAGCAAAAGACGAAAAUGGCUAAAUUCGUGAUUCGUCCGGCCACUGCCGCCGACUGCUGUGACAUCCUGCGGCUGAUCAAGGAACUGGCUAAAUAUGAAUACAUGGAAGACCAAGUCAUAUUAACUGAGAAAGAUCUUCUAGAGGAUGGUUUUGGAGAGCACCCGUUCUACCACUGCCUGGUUGCCGAAGUGCCCAAAGAACACUGGACUCCGGAAGGUUACAGUCUCUAGCUUCGCCAUGUACAUGGCCCUUCCGUGUACAUGGAUGGGCGGGGAGGUAACUAAAAGAUCCUUUACACAAUAAAGUAGAUGAUCAUGAUAAAUGAGGACACAGCAUUGUUGGUUUUGCCAUGUACUAUUUUACCUAUGACCCAUGGAUUGGCAAGUUACUGUAUCUUGAAGACUUCUUCGUGAUGAGUGAUUACAGAGGCUUUGGUAUAGGAUCAGAAAUUUUGAAGAACCUAAGCCAGGUGGCCAUGAAGUGUCGCUGCAGCAGUAUGCACUUCUUGGUAGCAGAAUGGAACGAACCAUCUAUCAACUUCUAUAAAAGAAGAGGUGCUUCUGAUCUAUCCAGUGAAGAGGGGUGGAGGCUCUUCAAGAUUGACAAAGAGUACUUGCUCAAAAUGGCAGCAGAGGAGUGAGGAGUGCUGGUGUAGACAUGACAACCUCCAUUCUAUUUUAGAAGAAUUCUCAACUUACCUUGCUUUCUAUCCUGUUUGUAGUAAAAUAAUAGAAUGAGCACCCAUUCCAAAGCUUUAUUACCAGUGGCGUUGUUGCAUGUUUGAAAUGCGGUCUGUUUAAUAUGGCAAUCAUAUAUGCAGUUUGGAGGCAGAAUUCUUGAACAUCUUUUGAUAAACAACAAGGUGGUAUGAUCUUACUAUAUAUGAAAAAACUUCAUUCUUGUGAGUCAUUUAAAUGUGUACAAUGUACACACUGGUACUUAGAGUUUCUGUUUUGAUUCUUUUUUAAUAAACUACUCUUUGAUUUAA